CUGGAAUGGAAGAGAUAAUUAAAUUAAUUAGGCCUUGAACUUCUACUUUCGUUUAGAAUUUAGGCAUUAUUUUUCCCCUUGCUUUCGAAAAAAGAGUCAAGAAACACUAAUGGCAACCCUUCGAGUCGACGAAAUUCAUAAAAUUCUCCGCGAACGUAUUGAACAAUAUAAUAGGAAAGUAGGGAUUGAGAAUAUAGGUCGCGUAGUUCAAGUGGGGGAUGGGAUUGCUCGUAUUAUAGGUCUUGGUGAAAUAAUGUCGGGUGAAUUAGUCCAAUUUGCAGAAGGUACUAGGGGUAUUGCUCUGAAUUUGGAAUCCAAAAAUGUUGGGAUUGUAUUAAUGGGCGAUGGGUUGAUGAUACAAGAGGGCAGUUUUGUAAAAGCAACAGGAAGAAUUGCUCAGAUACCCGUGAGUGAGGCUUACUUGGGUCGUGUUGUAAAUGCUCUGGCUAAACCUAUUGAUGGGAAAGGCGAAAUUAUAGCUUCCGAAUCUCGCUUAAUUGAAUCUCCUGCUCCAAGUAUAAUUUCCAGGCGUUCCGUAUACGAACCUCUUCAAACAGGGCUUAUUGCUAUCGAUUCGAUGAUUCCUAUAGGGCGCGGUCAGCGAGAGUUAAUUAUUGGGGACAGACAGACUGGCAAAACAGCAGUAGCUACAGAUACAAUUCUCAAUCAAAAAGGGCAAGGUGUAAUAUGUGUUUAUGUAGCUAUCGGUCAAAGAGCAUCCUCCGUAGCUCAAGUAGUAACUACUUUCCAUGAGGAGGGGGCCAUGGAAUACACUAUUUUAGUAGCUGAAAUGGCGGAUUCACCUGCUACAUUACAAUACCUCGCUCCUUAUACGGGAGCAGCCCUGGCUGAGUAUUUUAUGUACCGCGAACGGCAUACUUUAAUAAUUUAUGAUGAUCUCUCCAAACAGGCACAAGCUUAUCGCCAAAUGUCCCUUCUAUUAAGAAGACCUCCCGGCCGUGAGGCUUAUCCAGGGGAUGUUUUUUAUUUGCAUUCACGCCUUUUAGAAAGAGCCGCUAAAUUAAAUUCUCUUUUAGGCGAAGGAAGUAUGACCGCUUUACCAAUAGUUGAGACUCAAUCUGGAGACGUUUCCGCCUAUAUUCCUACUAAUGUAAUCUCCAUUACAGAUGGACAAAUAUUCUUAUCGGCGGAUCUAUUCAAUGCCGGAAUUCGACCCGCUAUUAAUGUGGGUAUUUCUGUUUCCAGAGUAGGAUCCGCGGCUCAAAUUAAAGCCAUGAAACAAGUAGUUGGCAAAUCAAAAUUGGAACUAGCUCAAUUCGCAGAGUUACAAGCCUUUGCACAAUUCGCCUCUGCUCUCGAUAAAACAAGUCAGAAUCAAUUGGCAAGGGGUCGACGAUUAAGGGAAUUGCUUAAACAAUCCCAGGCAAAUCCUCUCCCAGUGGAAGAGCAGAUAGCUACUAUUUAUACCGGAACAAGAGGAUAUCUUGAUUCGUUAGAAAUCGAACAGGUAAAUAAAUUUCUGGAUGAGUUACGUAAACACCUAAAAGAUACUAAACCUCAAUUCCAAGAAAUUAUAUCUUCUAGCAAGACAUUCACCGAGCAAGCGGAAAUCCUUUUGAAGGAAGCUAUUCAGGAACAGCUGGAACGGUUUUCCCUUCAGUAACAAAUAAAUUUGGCAUAUCUACUCUUGUUAUUUUGCAUGUCUACUCUUGUUAUUUGAAUCAUGCAAAAAAGUUUUCUUUGUUUUUAGUUUAGUAUAGUUAUUUAAAGAAUAGAUAGAAAUAAGAUUGCGUCCAAUAGGAUUUGAACCUAUACCAAAGGUUUAGAAGACCUCUGUCCUAUCCAUUAGACAAUGGACGCUUUUCUUUCGUAUUUUAUUCUUUCUUUUAUUCUUUCUUUUAUUUGUUGUCUUCUUCCGAGAAAAAACUGUUAGACCAAAACUCUUUUAGGAAAUCAAAAAAUCCAGAUACAAAUGGAUGAUGUAUAUAUCAUGCAUAUAUCAUUAAAGAAGGAGUAUGGGGCCGGUAGUGGGAAUCGAACCCGCAACCCCAAGGUUAUGAGACUUAUGAGCUACCAAACUGCUCUAUACUCUUAAACUAAAGAGGGGUAACUAGUGGAUAAAAGAGGGUUCGAUACGUCCCUCUACCAUAUCUAUACAAAUAGAAUAGUCCAUUUAUACAGAAUGGUAAAGAGGGCUCCUCUAUGAUUAUCAAUUCCAGAAAUCCAUACAAAUACGAAAGGGUAUUUUAUCCUUACCAACUGGAUCUUGUUGCACCCGGUAAUAAACAUUCAUAAACCAUUUCUCGAAGUACGUGUCCGGAUAGCCCAAAAUGUCGAUAGUUAGCUCUAGGUCUUCCGGUCAAAAAACAACGUCGAUGAAGGCGUGUAGGUGCACUAUUACGCGGUAGGGAUUGCAAUUUUUCUCGCAUUUUCGUUUUUUCACUCAAACUCAAGGGAGAAACUUUGCUUCUUAUCUUUUUUUUUAAAGAUUGACGAAUCAAAUGAUAUUUCUGUUCUAAUUUCUGCCGCUUCUUCUCCCUCUGAAUCAAACUCUUUUUUGCCAUAAUGUGCCGUUGCUAUUAUUAUCAAGUAUACGGUUCUAAUCCUAGAUGGAAAAAUAAAUAGAAAAAGAAAUUUAAGAAGGCGGAUCCUCCCUCUCUAUCAAGAGUAAUGAACUAGGUGCUGAUACAGUACAAAAAAACAAA